AUGACUGAUGAAAUCAGAAGUCAAGAUGACAGAUUUGCCUUCACUACUGAAUGGUAUGACCCCAAUGCUUCACUCUUUCGGCGUUAUGAACUUCUCUAUUAUCCAAAAGAUGGAUCAGUAGAAAUGUAUGAUGUGAAGAACCGUCGCACCUUUCUGAAGCGCACCAAGUAUGAGAGCUUACACCUUGAGGAUUUAUUUGUGGGCAACAAAAUUACUGUUUUUUCCCGUCAUCUAUCCUUAGUGGACUAUGGAGAUCAAUAUACAGCCCGCAAGCUGGGGAGCCGCAAAGAGAGAACACUGGCUUUGAUUAAACCUGAUGCAAUGCCCAAGAUUGGAGAAUUAAUUGAUAUCAUUAUUAAUGCAGGAUUUACAAUAACUAAGGCCAAAAUGAUGAUGCUUUCAAGAAAAGAAGCAGCUGAUUUCUACAUAGACCAUCAAUCAAAACCUUUUUAUAAUGAGCUUCUGCAGUUUAUAACGAGUGGUCCCAUUGUUGCCAUGGAAAUCUUAGGAGAUGAUGCAGUUUGUAAAUGGAAAACAUUACUGGGGCCAGCAAACUCUUCAGUGGCUCAGACUGAUGCCCUAGACAGCAUUAGAGCGAACUUUGGACAUGAUGGCCUAAGAAAUGCAGCUCACGGCCCAGAUUCGGUUGCUUCAGCUGCUCAAGAGCUGGAGUUGUUCUUUCCCUCCAGUGGAGGUCGUGGACCAGUCAACAGUGCAAAAUUCACAAACUGUACUUGUUGCAUUAUUAAGCCUCAUGCAGUUAAUGAAGGGCUAGCUGGAAAAAUUAUAAAAGCCAUCAUCAGUGAAGGAUUUCAGAUCUCAGCUUUGCAGAUGUUCAACAUGGAGCGUGCAAAUGUGGAAGAAUUUUAUGAGAUUUACAAAGGUGUCGUCGCUGAAUACGUGGAGAUGGUUACAGAAUUGUGUUCAGGGCCUUGCAUAGCAAUGGAGAUUAUACAGCCUGAGCCUCCAAAAGUGUUCAGAGACUUCUGUGGUCCUUCUGAUCCUGAAAUAGCCCGCCAUCUCCGACCUGGAACUCUGCGAGCUGUCUUUGGGAAGAACAAGAUUCAGAAUGCUGUCCACUGCACAGACCUACCUGAAGAUGGACUUUUGGAGGUGCAGUACUUCUUCAAGAUUCUGGACAACUAACAGCCUCCGGCCUCACCCACAGCAAAAGACGCGCACACAAAACAGUGUGUUCA